GGAGAGCGCGCGGAGGGAGGGGUUGCGGAGAGAGAGAGCAAGAUGGCGACUGCAGAGCCGGUAGCGGCCGCAGAGCCGCAAGAAAUAACUGAAGUACUAGAAACUGAUGCAGCAGCACCAGACACAUGCUCAGAAAAUGCCCAAGAUCAAUAUCUGAAGCAUCCUCUACAGAACAGGUGGGCACUGUGGUAUUUUAAAAAUGACAAGACCAAAGGUUGGACAGAAAACUUGCGACUUAUCGCUAAAUUUGAUACAGUUGAAGACUUCUGGGCGUUAUAUAAUCAUAUACAACAACCAAGUAAACUGCUGUUCGGGUGUGAUUAUUGUUUGUUUAAGGAUGGUAUUAAACCAAUGUGGGAAGAUGACAAGAAUAAAAAAGGUGGAAGAUGGCUAAUGACGCUUAACAAGCAACAGAGACACAAUGAUCUGGACCGAUACUGGCUGGAAACACUUUUGUGUCUGAUUGGCGAGGCCUUCGAUGAGUAUAGUGACGAGGUAUGUGGAGCUGUUGUAAACGUCAGGCCGAAAGGUGACAAAAUAGCAAUCUGGACAGGAAACUGCCAAAACAGAGAAGCAGUUGUUUCUAUAGGGCAAUUGUACAAAGAACGCUUAGGACUGUCUUUGAAAACUCUUAUUGGGUACCAGUCACACGAUGAUACUUCUAGCAAAAGUGGAUCUACAACAAAGAAUCUGUUUUCAGUUUAAGGAACAGUCCUAAAUGCAACAAACUUAAGAUUCAUCUGCUAAUGUUUAAAAAAAACUUUGGAUCGAUCAAUAUAUACUUGGAACAAGCAGAAGCGGAGCAAGCCACGUUCUGGGAUUAUCUUGCUGCUGAUUGGAUUUGGUUUCUAUUGGCAAAUGAAAGGAGAAUGCAGAAAGUCUUAGCAUUGGGUCUAUAGAAUUUUUCUCAUUUUUAAGUCUCAAAUUCAACAAUAGUGGAUGAACCAACUACACACUUUUCAGUUCUGAUUGCUAUUUCUAACCUAUAACCAGCUUACAGAAGUUGGCAGCUGCUUGGUGUGUACAAAUUACAUUGCUCACUUCAAUACAAAGGGCAAAGUCCAAUGAAUACUUUCCUAAUAUUUGGCAAGACUCUUGACAUGCUGAGACCUAUCUGGAUUUUGGUUGGUGGAGGUGAGAGCAGUGUGUGUGUGUGUGUGUGUAUACAACAAACAAUAAAUAACAAAAUACUCCAUGCCAUAGUAAGGAAGUUGGUAUGCUUGUGUCAUUUUAUUUCAAAUGACAUACAGUGUCUUGAAUAAAGCAUUCAUUAAGUAAUGGCCCUCUGCAUGGAAACGAGUGCAAUCUGACACAGCCACAUCAGUAGUAUUGUUUAACAAAAUGGGGUGUACUUGUGCUAAACUGAGAUUAUUUCCCAGUCUGCCUAAACUCGGUAUAAAUGGGGGUUAAGUUGUGGUAUGCUACACUAGUGGACCAGUGUGAGAAAUGACUGGUUGCUCCUUGAAGAUGGAUCUGAAUGCACGUUGGAAGCCAAUGUUUAACAUCUAUGCCUCUCCCAGAAGUGUCUGUGGGAAUGUACUGUUCAUUUUUUUUACAGUUUGUGUUUUCAUAGCAGUGUUAAAUUAUUUGAAAUGCUAUUGUAAGCAGCGUAGGAACUGGCAAAAACAGAAAUGGUACUUUAAGCUUUAAGAUUUCAAGUUGAAUUCCAAGACUUAUGGGCUGAAAGAUAUGGGGGCCAAUCCAUAGAUCUCCAGGUGAUAGCCCAACUUUUGCCUUUUCCUCAUUUGCCCCUCUGCUUGUUUUCCUUUGCCCUGAUGUGCUUUCUGCUGUUAAAUUUUGUUAGAAUUUCUUUUCCCUGCCUGUAUUUUACUUCAGUUCCCAGAAACAUUCCCACAUUGUUCAAUCUCCGGCCCUAAUUUUCAUCACUAUUGCAUUUUGAGGUGAACAUGUUUGCAUGCAGAACCAUUCCUUAGAGAAUAUUUUCUAAAAUAUUGAACACUUCAAAGAAUUGCUGUGAAUUUAAUUUGAAAGUUUUAAAGGGACUUUGAACAGUUAUUUGAGAUUCAUUGGAUUUGUAUGGCUUUUCACAGUGGAUGAAAUCAAAAUUAGGGAUAUUGCUGAAAGACAGGAAAUUAGAUGCUUUUAAUAUUCUCUGGUAUUUUCUCAUUUGGUAUUGUGCAUUGUGUGAAUUCCAGAACCUGGUAAUAAAUGGCAACGUUGGAACUA